AUGGCUUCAGCCUACAACCAAAGAGGCACCAGAAGAGAGGCAACUGCUCCAGCAGGAAGGCACAACUACCACCAGCAGCAUGGUGAACCUGGAGAGGAAGGGAUACCCUUGGAAGACCUCCAACAGAUCAUUCAUGAUCGAGAUCCCCGCAGAAGACAGGAGCUCGAAGACAACAACAAAAGGUUACUGCUUCUCCGAGCAGUCAAUGCACGCCAACAGGACGAUGAUGAAUUUUUGAUGGGCAUGGUGGCCCUACGAAGUCAUGACAACUCUGCAACCGAUUAUGAAAUCGAAAAGGAUAGUAUUUCCAAAAUUACAGCCUCCCCACAAGUACUGGUAGCUGAGAACCGCACCAACCGGCCCGAGGUCCUUUACGACGAGAGAGGUUGUAUCAUCAAGACUCCGACUACCAUUUCUGCCAAUUCGCAAUUACCGGGUGCCUAUCCAGGAUUGCCAGGUGCUGUGGAUAACCAACAUUUUUCACCCCAAGAUGGCUAUACUGAGGAUGAAAACCAAGCAAACCAUGAGGACGGAAGUAAUGUGCGGGAAGGUACUGUGGAAACUACAUCAAAGACCUCCUGUGCAUCAAACAAGCUUGCCAUUGGGGUUAUUGUUAUCGUUGUCAUUGCAUUGGCAAUCGCCAUCCCAACAGCGCUCUCAACCGGUGGCAGCCCUUCUGAAAAAAUGACACAAUCCGACGCUGAUCUCUACCUGGUACCAAAUAUUAGAAAUGACACCAUCCAGGCAAUACAGGAUCCACAAUCACCUCAACAUUUUGCCUAUGAGUGGAUUGAAGAUGAUCCAAAUUGGAACUCGUUUCCAGACUGGCGAAAAACACAACGAUUUGGCCUAGCGUGCCUCUACUUUGCCUGCCUGCGGUACGUGGAAAUAGCGGUGGAAAAACAUGUUUGGCUCUCCUAUUUCCGAGAUGAAUGUAUGUGGCAAUCCAUCGUAACCCGGGGUGUGUGCGAUGACAGAGGCCAGUAUCGAGAAAUCAUGGUGGAAACAGUUUCGAAUAACCCAACCAAAUCGAGCAUCCCUCCCGAAAUAUUUCUCCUUUCUGGACUGGAAGUAGUAAGCUUCUUGGAUGUCAAUUUUGAGGCUGAGGAUUCUUUGGAGGAUAUGCUGAAUCUGAACUUGGUACCAUUUCCACAGUCCUCUCUCACCACGUUGAGGUUUGCACAAUGCAAGCUAUCUGUGAUGCUACCAACCACCUUGGGACUCCUGACAAACUUGACUCUGUUGGACUUGAAUUCGAACAAAUUGCAAUCCACAAUUCCAAGUGAAUUGGGUCUUUUGACACAGUUGGAAGAGCUUCUGCUGCAGGACAAUGAUGAUCUGAGUGGGACCAUUCCACACGAAGUGCUGGAGCUGCCAUCGUUAAGGGUGCUCCAUGCAGGAGCAAAUGAGAUACCAGAAAGCUUUUGGAAAAGAAAAUCCUUUGGGCCAAUUUGA